AUGACGGCGGAAGAUUGUUGGGCUGAGCUUGAUGAAGACAAGCAUAAAGCAUUGAAGAUAUAUCGCACCGGAGUUGAAAGCUCUCUCGCAAAAGCCGAUCUAUUGAAGUCAUCGGACAUGACCAUCCUACAAGCUUUUGUCAUAUACAUCGCUUGCAGCAGGCGUUAUGAUAAAGGACCAGACAUUAGAAAGUUUAUUGGGAAUGCAAUUGGAAUUGCCCUCAACAUCGGCUUGCAUCGCGAUCCAUCUGCUUCAGGACUACCACCCUUUCAAGCCGAAAUGCGGCGUCGACUCUGGUGGCAGAUCUAUAUUCUCGAUAUCAAUAUCGCAGAGGACUGUGGCACAACCCCACGUAUUCUGGAGUCAUGGUUCGACACAAAGCUCCCUUCGAAUGUGAGCGAUGCAAGUCUUGAUAUUGAUAUGAAGGACCCGCCCCGAAACUGCAGCGGAAAAACAGAGAUGAUGCUGAGUCUCGCAAGAUCUGAAAUCGGCAAUUUUGCCCGCCGAAUUAUCUUCUCUGGCCAGUUCUGCGAAGAGAAUUGCUACCCAGCUUUAUCAGCUUCGCAGAAAUGCACAGCGAUAGAUAUUUUCAAAGAAAAAGUCGAACAGCAAUAUUUAUCGCAUCUAGAUCAAAGUAUUGCGUUGGACUAUUUUACAACUGUCUCCUGCAAUUUGAUGCUCGGAAAGCUCAGACUGGCAGUGAUCAAACCCCGAGCGAGACAAGACCAGUCUAUACUCACGCAUAUGAACUUCCGAAAGGUUUGCACGGAGAUCCUGCAGAAAACUUCAACUUUGAAACGCUAUGAAAAGGGCAGACAGUGGGUCUGGACUUUCCAAAACUACGUCGAAUGGGAUGCCUUGACAUGUUUGCUCAUUAAUCUUUCUCUGGCCCCGAAAGGUAAGGCGUUGGAUUCUGCAUGGCAAGCGGUGAAUGAGACAUACGAUUACUUGAAGAUGGAUGGUGAUGCCCGAUGUGAUCGCCACUGGGAGAAUAUCGAGGAACUCCACACGAAAGCUCUAUUUUCUCGGGACAGGAUACAGAUUAAUCCAUCUGAAUGGGGUGCAUCACCAGAUGAUGACAGCGGCUUCGAAGAAUCACAUACCAUGGUUACAGAAUCACCACAGCCGCUUGGUCUGGGAACUUUAAAGCGCCAGAGAGAAGAAGUUUUUGGGUCUUCCUGUCCUUCCCCUGGCGAGCUGGAACCCAGAGUCCCGAACUGUCGUUCUGAGGUGCCGAACAUGCAAUUAGAAGCCCAAGAACAUAUUCCUCGUAUGUGGGCGUUGGCGAAUGCUGCCGCAGCUGCUCCGGCAGCUAUAGACAGUUUGUCUCACAUGGAACCAGCCAGUGAAUCUGCAGACAUACCCAGCUCAGGCACUGGCUGUCAGUGGAGUGCGAAUCUGUUCGAGCGAUACUUUCAGGUCCUAGGCUCUGGGCAAGCAUCACCGUUAUGA